UCUCCCAUAGAAUCCUGAUCGCCUCAUCUGGGCCGUCGGAUUGCAAUUCCUCUCAUAACCCAAAACCCACCGCCUCCUGACGCCCUUUUAUUAUCCCUCCCUUUUCAAUCUUCGAUCCGCCUUCUCCCAUCGAUCGCUCUCCUUUUGCCUUUUGCUGUUCUUCUGCGCUACCACCGUCGUCAAUCGUUCGAUCAAGUUAUCGCCAUGAAACGGGGGAAAUCGAAGACUGAUGCGCCGAAGAAGGCUGACGCCAAGCUUGCUGUGAGAAAGGGUUCGGAGCGGCCGGCAAAGAAGCCGAAGAAUGCUAAGGCCGAGAAGGAUCCGAACAAACCUAAGCGACCUCCUAGCGCCUUCUUUGUGUUCAUGGAAGAGUUCAGGAAGACGUACAAGGAAAAACAUCCUAACAACAAAUCCGUCGCUGUGGUUGGCAAAGCUGGCGGUGAUAAGUGGAAAACAUUGUCCGAAGAAGAUAAGGCUCCUCAUGUGGCUAAAGCAGCUAAAUUGAAGAUGGAGUACACCAAGAAAUUAGCUACCUACAAUAAAAACCUGUCUGGUGGAGGAAGUCGCGAUGCUGCCGAUGUUGAUGAAGAUGAAUCUGACAAAUCCAAAUCCGAGGUCCAUGAUGACGAGGACGGCGAGGAAGGAAGUGAAGAGGCUGAAGAUGAUGAGUAAUGGAAAAUUGCAAUCAUGACUGGUUUGGACUGGAAGAACGGAACCGAGUUUGGCACAUAAAAUCAAGUAUUUUGUGUGGUUUUUGACUAACAUGUUAGUUUCUGUUUGUUUGCUUGCCUGAUCAUCUCAUGAUGUUAUCUUAUCCUUUGUGCAAAGAAUUGCUAGUUUGAUAAAAUAGAUGUAGUUGAUUGAUGAUA